AUGCUGUCCUCAAGUGCCACACCGGCUACGUGUCACGAGAGCGGAGCCUCGAUCGAGGAAGAAGCUCUUGCCGGUCAACAAAAUGUCCAGCCCAAGGAACUGGACUCUCCAUUGCGUUCGGCUGUAACUGCAUCGCAUCCCGAACUGGUGCAGCGCUUGCUUCGUGGCCGAGCAGAUGUGAACGGAAAGGACACUCGAGGUGUCACUCCGCUUCAUCUAGCCGUCUUCAAGGGGCGACAGCACAUCGUGAACAUGUUGUUGAGUGCUGCGGCUGAUGCGAAUGCGCGAGACUGUCAUGGCCAAUCUCCAAUAUUUUUUGCCCCUUCGCGGCAAAUCUGCGAGACGCUCAUGGCAAGGAGUGCAGAUUUGAGCCUUGUGAACAUCCGGAACCAGACCCCGCUUCACUUGCUUGCCCGAGCAGGACUCCAUGAUGCGGCGGCUUGCGUCUUGGAAGUCCUGCAAGCACCGGUCCUGGAGCUGGAGGACUUCAGUGGAGCCACGCCGCUGCUACAUGCAGCACAUUCCAAAGUUCGGUCAAUCGCACGCAUGCUGCGUGCGAAAAAGGAGCAGAAGCUGGAUACGUCGUUCCGGCAAGUUCAGCCCGUUGCGCCGAAGGCCGAACAGAUCGAAUUUGAUGCAGAGAAGGAGGAGCAGGAGGAGGAACCCCCAACUCCGACACCUCGCUCGAAAUGCCCAACAGGGCACGAGCUGGCGGCGUUCGAAACUCCCGAAGAUGGAUUUCUGUGUUCCUUGUGUGACUGCGAGUUUCCAAGCAACACGACCUUGUACGGUUGCCGCCCAUGCGAUUAUGAUCUUUGUCGCGACUGUCUAACCAGCGUUGCGGUGCAUGCCACCGGUUACAAGGAGUUUGUGGCAAUGUUUCCCGAGCUCCAGGGCUUCCGGGAGACGGCCAGAUCAGGCGAAUCUGUUCUAGCAGGAGAGGCAGAUGUCUCCGAGCGGACUUCGGAGACAGAUUCGUUCGCCUCGCAACAAGUCUUUGCAGAGGAAGCGCAGGCUGGAAUUGAAGAAGAGGAUGGUUGCUUGUUCUGGCAAGUCCUGCUCAAAAAGGAAGGCGAGCAGGACAAGUUUGGGUUUGCUCAGGCUAAUGGCAAGAUGGAGUUCGAAAUUCGCUUGGAAGGCAAAUCAUUUGAGUCAGGGAAACGUUCGCGCUUGCCGGGACCGGACAUGUUGGUUGUGAAGAGGAUUUAUCCUGAUGGGCUGCUGCAGAAGUGGAAUGCACGCGCUCCGCAGCUGGAGGUGCGAACGCAGGACAGAAUCUUGGCAGUCAAUGACCAGACAGACGUCGAGGCCAUGGCCAGGGAGAUUCACGCGCCGCGCAUCUUCCUCCAAAUGGUGAGGUUUCCAGAUCGAUUCAUCAUCGGACUGAGCAAGGAGAAUGGUAGCAAGCUUGGAUUCCGCUUCGAGCGGCCUCAGGGCACGUUUGCAGAAGAAGUUCGCAUUACAGAG